AUGGCUGACACGGUAAUGGCUGAUGCGCCAGCAACUAAUUCCGGAGUACCUUUUUCAUUACGCACACGCUUCAAGAUCUCUGAUCUUCCCCUUGUCAAAGACAAACGAUUAGCUAUUGAUGCGCUUCUCCUCAAGUUUAAGAAGCAAGGCGGCUAUGAUAGUUUACGGAAACAAGUUUGGGCAUCAUACAACACCUCCGACGCGAAAACUGCGCUCACAGAUCAAAUUCAUGCCAUCGCCGAAGCCGAGAUCGAGAAAGACCCCAAUCUACUAACCCGGGAACGGGGCAAAGCAGCAACAUUGAUCCAGGGUGCGGUCGACAGAAGUGGUAUCUAUCAAGAUGUGGAAUCACGAAUUGAUACAGAAAUUGCAAAACAUCUGGGCACAGUACUCGAUGCAGUGCGUGAAAUUCGCAGACAAGAGGUGGGAGACGAAGUGGCCGCCGAGGAGGAGCAGCGGGGGAGUAAGACCGAUGAACAAUACAAAGCAGAGACAGAGAAUCGAGCUGCUGAGAGAGAGCGGAACAGAGCCCGCAUGGAGCAGCUGCUUCGUGAGACGGCGGAACUGAAGGCGAAGAUCAAGCAAGAAGAGGAGAGGAAGCGCAAGAAGGAGGAGGCUAAACGUGAAGAGGAGGAGAGAAAGAAACGUGAGGCUGAGGAGGAAGAGAGAAAAGCUGCCCGAGCCAAAAGACGUGAGGAGGAAGAGAAGCGGGAAGCUGAGAGAAUCAAAGCAAGGGAAGAAAGACACAGAAAGCGCGAAGAGGAGCGACAGGAGAGAUAUGCUCGGUACGAAAAGGAGCGAGAAAGAGAGAGGGAUCACGAUCGGGAACGUGAUCGUGAUCGUGGUCGCGACCGGGAGAGGGAGAGAGACCGAGAUCGCGAUCGUGAACGACGGAGAAGCGUUGAUCGAAGAGAUUCCCGGGAAGAACCUACACACGCCCGAGAUGCCCAGACUGACGAAAAGGACCUCGAAGCCACGGCGCUGGAACUUCUCUUGAAGACCGGAUACAUGACAGCUCUCGAAGAUAUGCUGGAUCAGAUCGAUACUCCAGAAAACGAGAAAGAUCGCGCGACAGCUACAGACGUGACCACGAUCGCCGUAGCCGGUCUCGUGACAGACGAGGAUCCAUUCAGGAAAGGGAGAAGACUGAUACUCCUCGCCGUCGAUCUCCAAGUAGAGACCGCGAAGAAGGCGAAGCUCGAAGUCAACGAGACUCUCCAUCCCCUGUUCGAGAAAAACACACAACCCGAGAAAGAAGACCUCGCUCUGCUUCACCGUUGA